UAUUUAUCUCCUAGAUAAAAUGAACUGAGGGGAAACUGAGAAGUCCAUGGUUUCCAAUUUCAGAAACAGUUCAUAAGUCUGACCAAUUAUAUCAAAAUACAUGAAUCCAUAAUUUCUGAAAAUCAAAAGAAUUUCUUCAUCACUCGUAAGAGGAUAAAAACCACCAUGCGAAUUGCACUUGCGGUGGGCUGGUGGCGCAUUGCCAGAGCUAAGAUUGCUCAUACAAAAUUCGUCCGUAAUUUAAUCUGCCGACCUCUCCUAUCCGUUGAUUCACCUGAUAUUUGGAAGAUUAAUCCCGGCUCAAGCUCUCAUUUUUCAUCUCACCCUUCUUCAAAUUUCUCUGGUAAACUCCCCAGAAACUGAUCGAUAUUUGUAGAAUGGAAUGAGACCCUUGAUUCUGUUCUUGAUUAUUUGUAGCUUCCUUUGUUUGAAUUUGAGAUUUUGCCAUUACUAUGGUGGCCCUUUUCUCAGUUUUCUAGAGUUUUUGAGUGUUUGGAUAAUAUGUAACAUGCACAAGGUUGGAGUUUUUCUGGGAUAAUGGAAAGGGGAUCUUUUUCAAUGUUCUGUUUAUCAAUUUUUUGAGCUAAGAACUCAUUUGAGAAAUUAAUAGGAAAGUUAUUGUUGAGGACUCACCUGAUAAAUUCUGUGGAUGGGUGGUUUAUUGGUAGAGGGAAAGCUUUCUUAGGUUGAAUGCAAGUACUGUUGCAUUGAUAACUGCCACGCUAAUUUCAUUGUUUGCUUUCCUAGGCAACAGGGGAAAGCUGGAACCUCGGGUAAAACACUAUCAACUUGAUAAAUUAUUAUGUUAUGUUCUAUCUGUUCUUAACUUAGCUUGAUUUAACUCGGUUUAUAACGUAUUGUUAUUGGUGUUUGCGAACGUAAUUGCAGUUUUUACCUGGUGCAUUUUGUAUUCAGCUCAAUAUUAAAGAAUUUUUAUUGAACUAUGAGACCUGAAUUUGGCUCAUACUGGUAGUUAUGACGGUUUUCGCUUAUGGGUUUAUAGUAUGUUUUCUUUUGGAGUACACCUUGCCUUAGUUGGGUUAAGAUGACUGACAAUUUUCACAAUUAUGACACAUCCACAGCAUCUAAUGAGAAGAUUGGUGUUGUACUGGAUGGAAAGCUAAUUGCUAAUGACCUAAAAUCUAGAAUUGCUGGUGAAGUAAAUGAAAUGAAGAAAGCCAUUGGAAAGACUCCUGGGCUAGGCAUUGUCCUUGUAGGAGAAAGAAGGGACUCUCAUACUUUCAUUCGCACAAAAGUCAAAGCUUGUAAUGAAGUCGGUAUUGUCUCAGUUGUAGCAGAACUUCCUAACAACAGCAAAGAAGGAGACAUUUGUGAUGCUGUUUCAAGAUUCAAUGACAAUCCGUCUGUGCAUGGGAUCAUUGUGCAGCUUCCUCUCCCCAAACACUUGGAUGAAGAGAAAAUCAUGAAUGUUGUGAGUGUAGAAAAGGAUGUGGAUGGAUUUCAUCCCCUCAAUAUGGGAAAUCUUGCAAUAGCAGGAAGGGAGCCACUAUUUAUCCCCUGUGCCCCUAAGGCUUGUCUCGAGUUGCUACUGAGAUAUGGUAUGGAUCUUAGAGGUAAAAAAGCUGCAGUAGUUGGAAGGAGCAAGAUAGUUGGGUUGCCCACUUCCUUGCUAUUGCAGAGGCACCAAGCAACUGUGAGUCUUGUCCACGCAUUCACUGGAAAUCCUGAAAAAGUAACCUGUCAAGCUGACAUUGUGGUGUCUGAUGUCGGAACACCAAAUACAAUCCGAGGCCACUGGUUGAAACCAGGAGCAGUGGUAAUUGAUACAGGGACUAGCUCAGUUGAGGUUGAUGCUGGUUCUUUCCAAUGCUUAUUUCUCGUCAGAAAUGAACAUUGCUCGUUCAUUUUUGUUCCUUCCUUUUUCCUAAUUCGUUCUUAUCAAACCCUUAAUCCUCCUGCAUUACAUUUGAUAUGGUUAUUUAUUCUACUUUUAGGAUCCUAAACGUUCGAGUGGUUACCGACUAGUUGGAGAUGUCUGCUAUGACGAAGCGAUUAAAAAGGUGGCUGCUAUUACUCCUGUACCUGGUGGUGUUGGACCUGUUACCAUUGCCAUGCUCCUUUCCAAUACUCUAGACUCUGCCAAACGGUGUUAUGACUUCACCUGAAAACUCAUCUCUUCGCUGAGUUACUCCACAUGGCUGUAUGCAUUCACUGGAGUUUUCAACCAGUUCAUUCACUACUUGUACAACCGGGGUACCUUUGGCUACAGUCGGUGAAUCAAGUCCACCAAAAUGAGGAACAUCUCUACCUAGAUCCACUCAGACCAUACGGGUUUGAACUGAACCUCAAUUGUUUGAUAUGCAGAAGGGAACUUCAUCAUGGGCAUUUCUACUUCAGAAAGGCCGGCACUAAACCAGAAAAAUGAAGCAGGAUGCCAGUAGUUUGCUGCUUGAUGGUGGUAGAUGCGGAGCGAAGUAUGUUACAGCAGUUUCCUUGUGUAUAUAAACUAGAUGGAUAUUAUAGGAUUUUAUAUUUGCUGCUGUGUUCUUUGUGCAGCAAAUCAAUCUGGGCACAGAAUUUAUUGCUCAUUUGCUCAUCAUCUAUUUUUUAGGGGUAACAUUUUUGGUUCAUCGAUUUAAAUGUUGAGUUGUCCGCUUUGUACCUAAAAAAUGGACAGACAAUAUAAAUCUUCUGACAAUCAGAAUGUAAUUGAUAUUGGAUUAGGAUUCUUGGC